GUGAGGAGGGAUGCAGAAGCGACGCGAUUAGAAAAAAACUUCCGGCCGAAAACCCUAAUCGCGUCCUUCCCAAUUGUGGAACUUGGGAGGGGGUGCAUUUUUUCUAAUCGGGAGCCCACAUUACAAGUCCAACCUGGUCUUCACAUGCCCUCGACCUCCUCGAAGGGCGGGACAGCGUGCAAGUAGUCGUUGAUAAUGCGCGCCUCAUUGAUCGGCGCCCUAAAUGACUCCUGGCGCCCCCUCCGCGACAAGGGCCACCGCGUCAGACUGGUCCGCGGGGUACUGCACCGACAUCUAGAGCACAUGGACGGUCGCAUUGCGGCAGCACUGCCCGCCCGCCGCGCACGGCUCGUUGUAGUCCAGCCACCUGCCGAACGUCACGGCGAUGCCGCUGGAGACCUGCAUCUCGCGGAUACGAAGGUGCUGGACGAAGCCGAGCGCGGCCAUACUAUUGUGAAUGACGGCCCCUUCUGCACCAUCUUGUGCAAGGCCGCCACUAGGAACUUCGAUCUCUCGUGGGUCGUGAUGCGGAUAUUGCGGAUAUCGAUUUUGGCCACCGACUCCGCGAACAGAAAACGUGGAUUACCCGACUGGCAGCCAGAAGCGAAGAAUGGCUCAGACAAGUGUAGCGUCGAUGACGAUCCAGCAUAGCGCAAGAAGAGGCCCGCGUAGGAAAUAUUCCCGGCAGGAGCGCCCGCAAGUAAAUGCACCGAUCGAAAUAGUCACCCCUUAUCUGGUACCUCGGUCAGCCGGGCCAUACGGGCCGACUGUGCCGCAAACUUGGCGUCGCAGAUCAAUACUGGUCUGCUCAGCUGUGGAGAGGGCCUCCUGCGAGCGUCCUUUAUCCGCCUGCAUGGAGUCCUCCAAGGGCGGCACCACACAGACGUCGCGGCCGCCACCCUGGAUCACCCAGGGCCUUCUGCACUGCCAUGCGUGGUGUUGAGGAGCAUGCCGAUGGUGCGGUUCUGAUUGUCGAUGAACUGCGCCUGGUGGUCGAUAACGUGGUCACGCUCAAGGGAAGUCACGGACCGGGCGCCAGAAGCCUCCAUGCACUUCGAAACUGAACUGGGAAACGCAAAGAUGAUCGGGUCCGCGUUGCUGACAUGUGACGCUGACAUAGAUACUCGUUGUCUGUGCACAGCUUCAUCGCUAGAAGGCGUCCAUGUCGCGUGCUCGCCUAAUGCAGAUGUCCCCGCAGGCGCGUAUACUGGAACAGAGGCGCGGAGGCCACUCCCCACACGAACGGGUACAUCGCGAUGAUCAGGACUACCUGAAGGGUCCAUCACCGCGAAGAGGUACCUCGACUCGAAAACGCUUGUUGCGCCUCCAUGUGUCGCGUGCGCUGAGGUCCUCAUUGGCUUCUCUCUGAGAGAGCUCGACACGCUGUUUGGUCAUGUGUUUGACUACAUUGUAUGCGAAGACAACUGUUAUAAGCUGCGUUCGGCAUCCAGGCGAACGGAACAACGUGCCUCUCGUAGCACUGGCAAGCCCCUGGAAGUGCUGUCAAAAAACUCCAGCAAGCGUGUCGAGCAGCCAAUCCCGGAGCUGGUACAUAAGAAGAGUUGUGUUCACGAGGAGGAAGCAGAAAAACACUACACCUUAUGCAGUGUGAACCAAAAAUAGCUACGGAGGGGGAGGAGGAGGAGGAGGAGGAGGAGGACGAGGGAGCAGAAGGCGUGACGGGUGGGAAAGGAGGAGGAAGAUGAAU